GUUAUUAUUCAAACUGGUUAAAUAGUUUUUCUAUCUAAGGAAACCAAGCAGAUUGCAUCGAGUCAGAGACUUGUAGCAUUCACUCCUCCUGGAUGAACAUGAGCAGAGAAGUUGAGAAGAUAAAAGAAACGUUUAACAUAAAAGAUGUAAUUUAUAGAGCAAACAUAUAGAAAAAACAACUUAUUCAUAGAAUUUGAUUUGACUUAUAUACAUACACUGCAGUAAACCACCAUAAACCACACUCCAAACCAGCCGAUGGCGUUAAUUCGCACCUUCAGAUUUUUGCCAGCCGCCAAUAAACUCCAGAAGAAGAAAACGACGGCGAAGAAGAACAUUUCGUCACCGUGCGCCUGCGCAUGGAAGCAGCCUGUAGUCCUUGAGAGUGUUCGUGAUUCUGAUUCGGUGUCGCUGUGAUUCUGAUGCUCUGGCUGCUGCUCCGGAGGCUCCGGCGGUUCUCGGCCGGCUUGGAGCGCUCCUUUAGCAGCCUGCCCGCCUCACAGGUUCGCAGAACCUUCCUGGACUUCUUCCGGGACAAACACCGACACCUGGUGGUUCCUUCCGCUUCGGUCCGGCCCGUAGGAGACCCCAGCCUGCUGUUCGUGAACGCCGGCAUGAACCAGUUUAAGCCGGUUUUCCUGGGGACGGUGGACCCCCGCAGCCCGAUGGCGUCGUACCACCGUGUGGUCAACAGUCAGAAAUGUGUUCGAGCCGGAGGCAAACACAACGACCUGGACGAUGUGGGUCGGGACGUGUACCACCACACCUUCUUCGAGAUGCUCGGGAACUGGUCCUUUGGAGACUACUUCAAGGAAGAGGCGUGUUGGAUGGCUUGGAGCCUCCUCACAGAGCAUUAUGGGAUCCCAGCUGAUAGACUCUACGUGUCGUAUUUCGGUGGAGACGCUGCAUCGGGUCUACUGGCUGACGAGGAAACCCGGCACAUCUGGCUGGACUUAGGGGUUCCUCCCGCUCGCAUCCUGCCGUUUGGUCUGAAGGACAAUUUCUGGGAGAUGGGGGACACGGGCCCCUGUGGCCCCUGCACCGAGAUCCACUAUGAUCACGUGGGGGGACGAGAUGCUGCUGGGCUCGUCAACGCAGACAAUCCAGAGGUGGUGGAGAUCUGGAAUUUGGUCUUCAUCCAAUACAAUAGGGAGAUGGACCACAGUCUGCGGUUGCUGCCCCAGUUCAGCGUGGAUACUGGGAUGGGACUGGAGAGACUGGUCAGCGUUCUGCAGGGUAAACGGUCCAACUAUGACACGGACCUGUUCACACCACUGCUGGACGCCAUCCACCAGCGGUCAGGGGCGGGGCCUUACAGCGGCAGGACGGGGAAGGCAGAUGAGGGACAUGUGGAUCAGGCCUACAGGGUCAUAGCCGACCACAUCCGGACUUUAUCGGUCUGCAUCGCUGACGGAAUCCAUCCUGGGAUGUCUGGAGCCGAGUUGGUGCUGAGGAGGAUCUUGAGGCGGGCAGUUCGGUUCUGUAUUGAGGUUCUGAAGGCUCCACAAGGAGCGUUGGCCAGCCUGGUUCCUACUGUGGUUCAUAUUUUGGGUGACGUGUAUCCAGACCUGGCCCGGGAGGCGGACCGGAUCAUUGACGUCAUCAACGAGAACGAGGCUCACUUCCUGUCAUCUCUCCAGCACGGAAGCCGGCUGAUUCAAAGGACUUUCAGAAGGAUGGAGAUCACAGGAAGCCCGUUCCCUGCCUCAGUGGCCUGGUCUCUGCACCGGGACCUGGGUUUUCCUUUGGACUUGGUGAACCUAAUAUUGGAGGAGAGAGGAGUCCAGGUGGACCAUCAGGAGUUAGACAGACUGAUCUCCAAGAACCAGAAGAUGUUGUCGGAGCGGCAGGCAGGUGUGCGGCCUUGCCUCCUGCUGGAUGUCCUGAGCCUGGCGGAGCUGCAGCGCAGCGGUGUUCCUCACACUGACGACACCCUUAAGUACCGGUACCGGCUGGAGAACGGCAGAUACGUGUUCCCAGCUUGCCGAGCCACAGUUUUGGCCCUGUAUGAUGGUCAGGUGCUGGUUCCGGAGGUCAGUGAGGCUCAGCGCUGCGGAGUCAUUCUGGACCGGACCUGUUUCUAUUCUGAACAGGGGGGGCAGUCACAUGACCAGGGAUACCUGAUACGGGGCGGGCUGGAGGAUGUUCUGUAUUCGGUGGAGGCGGUUAUCCGGGCCGGAGGAUACGUGGUCCAUCAGGUGACUGUUCCCGACCUCCUGAAGACUGGAGACCAGGUCCAGCUGCACCUCAACGAGGCCCACCGGCUGUCCUGCAUGGUGAAACAUACAGCGACCCACAUCCUGAACUUUGCUCUGAGGAAAGUUCUGGGUCCAUCCGUGCAACAGAGAGGUUCUCACGUCUCAGCUGAUCACUUGCGCUUUGACUUCAGUGUGAAGGGUUCUCUGAGCUCCUCCCAGCUGCAGCAGGUAGAAACGUGUGUUAAUGAAAUCAUCUCAGCCAAUCUGGUUGUCCACAGCUCGGAGGUUCCUCUGCAGAAAGCCAGAACCAUCCAAGGACUGAGGACAGUGGACGAGAUAUAUCCGGACCCUGUUCGGGUGGUGUCGUUCGAGGUUCCAGUAUCUGAGCUGUUGGACGGUGGGUCGGUGAGAGAGACGUCUGUGGAGCUCUGCUGUGGAACACACCUGCUGCAGACCAGCGCCAUUGAGGAUCUAGUGAUCAUCUCAGAGAAGCAGCUGGUGAAAGGAAUCAGCCGGAUCAUUGCUGUGACGGGACAAGAUGCUGUACAGGCAAGGGACAUGGGACAAGUGCUAUCACAGGAAGUGGACUCUCUGUCAGCGAGACUGUCAGGCUCCGCCCCAUCCAGCCUAGGCUCCGCCCAUCAGUUCUCCAAGGAGGCUAGUGUCCUCUCUGAUGCUGUAGACAACACCCCCAUCCCCCAGUGGCAGCGCAGAGAAAUGCAGGUCCAACUCCGAGCCAUUCUGAGGGCCGUCAACACAGUCAUCAGGAAAUUGGAGACCCAACUGGCUGCAGAGAAUGCGGUGGUCCUUCUGCAGAAGAACGGCAGGAAGGAGCUGCUGGUGGACUCUGUGGAGACGGACUCUCUGUCGGUUCUAAUGAAGACUGUCAACCAGUUGAGUGCCGCCACGCCUCUCAGUCAGGUGAUGCUGCUUGCUCACCAGGAGGAUUCAGGGAAAAUUUUAUGUGCCUGUCAAGUUCCCAAGGAUUCGCCAGGCCUCGCAGCAUCUGAUUGGGCGGUGGCUGUAUGCCGCCACCUCGGGGGGAGCGCUGGGGGCUCUGCUUUGGUCGCCAAGGGAACAGGAAGCAGUGGUGACAUCACAGAGGCCCUGAGGUGGGCUGAAGACUUCGGCCGCCAGAAGAAACAGCUAUGAUGUCAGAGGCUUCGCCCACGUGUAGCUUCCUGUGAUUGGACCCUGAGCCAAUAAGGAAGUUAUGAAUAACAGCUGAACUCCGACUUUAUGAUCAGUUUAUUGAUUAGUGGUUACAGUUUGUCUACAAAACACCAUAAGAACCCGGACCAUCUGCUGCCUGCGGGUCUGAGCCGUCAGUGUCCUGGAUCAGAACCAGAACCUGGCUGUUCUUCAGACCAGGGACAUGUUGAGCCACUGCAGAAGACGAACAACAGUUAUUAAUCAGAACAUUAUCUACAGAGACAAUAAAGUGGUUCUGAUUCUUAGACUGCAGAAGGUUCUGAGGUUUGUAAACUUCGGAUUUUAGAGGGGCAGAGCUGGAAGAAUUUCAAAAUAAAAGCUUUAGACAGAG